AUGACAAGCGACAAAGAUGUUGAAUAUGUGGAGGAAGUGAAACAAAUCGAUUCUUCCUCGAAGUUGGAUGAAAAAGCUACUAAGAAUUUGUUCAAAACUCUGAAGGAAUCUUUCAACCUGACCAUGGCAUUGUCAAGUCUGUUGUUGAUUUGUUCUUCAUUCUCUCAUGGAUUUGAUAACCAGGGUUUUGCGACGAUUCAGGCAAUGGACUCUUUUACAGAAAAAUUUGGGGAGUACAAUGUUCGAACAGGCGUUUAUGCUAUUCCUCCUAAAUUUUUAUCGUACUUAAAUAGUUUUCAAUACAUCGGAUUUGCUUUUGGGCUGGUCUGCGGAAGCAUAGUAUCUUCGAGAUUUGGCAGAAAAAUAUGUGUUCUAUCAAUGAGUCUAUAUGCGCUAAUAACAGCCACUAUCGCAAUCACAUCUGAUUCUAAGGAACAGAUAUUAUCAGCUAGGGUUCUUAACUAUGUUUUCAUUGGAAUGGAAAUGGCGGUAAUCCCUGUGUUUCAGGCAGAAAUUGUUCCGCCAAAGACUCGAGGAUUCUUUGUUGGUGCUUUUCAGUUGUCAUUAGCUAUUGGUGGAUUAAUUAUCCAUAUCAUAACGAAUAGCACGGCACAUAUUCAUGGUACAUCUUCAUGGAGGAUUCCUCUUGGACUUUACUAUAUUUUCCCAAGUAUCAUUGCAUCUCUUAUCAUGUUUGUUCCAGAAUCUCCAAGGUGGCUUAUUCUGAAAGGUAAGAAUGAAGAGGCAAUGCAGUCUCUUGUUCGUUUGCGUAGCGGAACAAUUCUAGAAAGUGAAAUACCUGAUGAGUUUGAAAGUAUUAUAUCUUCGGUGGAAGUAGAAAAGCAACAUGGAAGUAAAUACACGGAGCUAUUCACUGGAACAAAUAAGAGAAGGACAAUACUAGUGAUUCUUGCAAACACUUUCCAGCAAGUGACUGGCCAGGCAUUUUCCUCCCAGUAUGGUACCAUAUUUAUCAAAUCUUUGCAUACUGUGGAUCCCUUUCAAAUGUCAAUUGUGUCCUCUGUUAUAAAUAUUGUUGGAGUUGCCAUAGUUUUGUUGUUUACUGAUGCAUUUGGUCGCAAGAAGUUCCUUGUAGUUGGAUCAGUUAUCCAGGCUAUGGCCUUAUUGGCAAUGGGGGGCCUGGGGACAGGAGAUAUCACCACUGCCAAAAAGAAGGGAGUUGUCGCUACCAUGAUGAUUAACGGCUUCGCUUAUUGUAUUUCAUGGGCCCCUCUUUCAUACGUUAUAAGUAGCGAAAUCCCUACUCCACGAUUAAGAGACAAAACAUACGCUGUUGGUAUUCUGUUUAAUAUCCUGUUUGCUUUCCUCACUGCUUUUACGCUUCCUUACCUGCUCUCUAAGCCGUAUGCAAACCUACAGUCAAAGGUCGGAUUUAUUUAUGGCGCCUUUACUGUACUGGCCAUUGUCUUUUCGUACUUUCUGCCUGAAUGUCAUGGGUUGAGUUUAGAGGAAAUUGAACUGAACUUUGUAAAUAAUGUGCCUUUGAACCGUUUCUCUAAGAACCCUCAGCAAAGUAAAGAUGAUGGUGAAUUGUAUACUCCGUAA